CAAACCUGCUCCCAAACUCCAAAGCCUGCCAAUUCCUCCUCCGACGUAUUGCCUCACAAACUCGGCACAGCAGUCUGUCUCUGAAACUUCUUCCCUUGUUUGUAGUGCAUCCUUAUUGUCGAGCUUACUCGUUGACUGGACUCGUUGCUUGUCGCCCGUCGCUUCAACCAUGGCUUCCGGAGAUCCCGUCGACGUUGCCCCUCUGAAUGUGACCGAUGCUGACAAGGCCAAGGCAGAAGCGGCGAAAGACGCGGCAAACAAGCUCUUCGCGGCGAAGAACUAUGAACAAGCUAUAGAGAAGUACACGGAGGCAAUCUCGCACAAUCCGAAUGUAGCAGCAUAUUAUGCCAACCGUGGCUUUGCGUACAUUCGCUCGGAAUUCUACGCGGCCGCGAUCAGGGACGCCGAUAAAGCUAUCGAGCUGGACCCCACCUAUGUGAAGGGAUAUUACCGGAGGGCGACGGGGAACAUGGCCUUGGGCAAGCUGAAGGAAGCUGUGAAGGAUUUCCGUGCAGUGUGCAAGGUAGCACCGAAGGACGCCGAUGCCCGGAAGAAGUUAGCGGACUGUGAAAAGGAGCUGAAGCGGAUCACAUUCGAAGCAGCGAUCGCGUUUGACGAGGUUAAGCGAUCCAUAAAGGACAUGAUCGGCGACGUUGAUUCUAUGGUCGUUGAUUCUUCGUACGAUGGACCACAUCUCCCUGAAACCGGCGUCACGUUGGAGUUCGUCAAGGACAUGUUAGAGCACAUGAGGAAGCAAAAGAAGUUGCAUCGCAAAUACCUGUACAAAAUCCUGUUCGCCGUUAAAGAGUACUUCGAAGCACAACCGCCCAUUAUCGACGUGACGAUUCCGGAGGAGGGAAAGAUUACCGUGUGCGGAGACAUCCACGGCCAGUUCUACGACCUCCUCCAUGUUCUGGACGUGAACGGCCUCCCAUCCGAGACGAACGCAUAUUUGUGGAACGGCGACUUUGUGGAUCGCGGGUCGUUCAGUGUGGAGUGUGUCACGACGUUGUUUGCCUUCAAGCUGUUGUACCCAAACAGCGUCUUCCUGAGCAGAGGAAACCACGAGACAAACGAUAUGAACAGGACUUACGGGUUCGAGGGAGAAGUGAAAGCAAAGUACAGCGACGCCACGUUCAAGCUAUUUAGCGAGAUCUUCAACGCGAUUCCCAUCGGAAACCUUAUCAAUGAGAAGAUCUUUGUGAUUCACGGAGGACUCUUCAGUAGAGACGACGUGACGAUGGAUGAAAUUCGCAAGAUCGAUCGUUUCAAGCAACCCGGAUCGGAAGGUCUCAUGUGCGAACUUCUAUGGUCAGACCCGCAAAACGAGCCUGGGCGUUCGCCAUCCAAGCGUGGCGUGGGAAUACAGUUCGGACCGGACGUGACAGAAGCUUUCUGUAAGCUUAACAACCUUGACAUGAUCAUCCGAAGUCACGAAGUGAAACAGGAUGGCUAUCAAGUUGAUCACAACGGCAGAUGUAUCACCAUUUUCAGCGCACCGAACUACUGCGACAGUGUUGGGAACAAAGGAGCAUAUAUCCAUAUCACACCCGACUUGAAGCUCAAAUACAAUCAAUACAGUGCUGUAGAGCACCCACCGGUCAAGGCCAUGCAGUACGCUGGCCUCGGAAGCAUGCUGAUGUAGACAACCAUUGGCAGAAAAUCUUGGUUUCUCCCGUUUUUGUUACCUUAUGUGUUUAUCUUCGUUUGCUAUCCUUACGUGCCCACUCGCGGACACUACUUUCUCGAACGAAAGUCGAAAGAUUUUGUUUUCGUAACAUCUAUGACAAAUACCUCUCCCCUCUUACCACAUACAACCGGCAUCCCUUUUAUUCUUUUCAGACGUCGUUUUCC